AUGAUCACCGAUUUACAUCAUUUUCUCUCUGAAGAGGCCAAAAGUAGACGUCCUUCACCUUUGAAAGUCGCUUUCAAAUACUAUGGACAAGAAGGUCUUGUCUUCCUAGGAGGAGGUUUACCAAUGUCUGAUUACUUCCCCUGGGAAAAGAUAGUGGCAUACUCUCCCUCUGCUCCAUUCACGGGAUCUGCAGGUAUUGCCGAGAAGCCUUCAGAUACCGGUAAAGCGACUAUUACCGAGUUAAAGAAGCAGAAGGUGGAGUCCUAUGAUAUUCCACUAGCUAGAUCUCUUCAAUAUGGCUAUACUUCGGGUCAACCAGAACUUCUAGACUUUGUUAAGAAGCAUACAGAGAUCAUCCAUCAUCCCCCUUACGAGGAAUGGGAUGCAAUUACUAGUAUUGGUAAUACGGAAGCUUGGGACUCUACUUUGAGAACCUUCUGUAAUGCCGGAGAUACUGUUCUCUUCGAGGAAUAUACGUUCCCAUCGGCAGUGGAGACUGCAAAUGCUUUGAGCGUGAGCUUUGCACCUGUUCACAUGGAUUCUUAUGGAAUUGUUCCGGAAGAAUUGGAGAAGUUGAUGGCCAAUUGGGACUCUUCCAAGCCUAAGCCAAAGCUUCUUUACACCAUUUGUACCGGACAGAACCCUACUGGUUCGUCAUUAUCUGACGAGAGGAGGAAGCAGAUUUACAAAAUUGCAUGUAAAUAUGAUUUCAUCAUCGUGGAAGAUGAACCGUAUUACUUCUUGCAGAUGGGAGAGUAUGAUGCUAAAGCCGAUGCUACCAAGAUGAAGACUCCAACACACGAGGAGUUCCUCAAUUCAUUGGUUAAAUCAUUUUUAUCGAUGGAUCUUGAAGGUAGAGUAAUUAGAUUGGAUUCAUGCUCGAAAGUGUUUGCUCCAGGUACUCGUUUGGGAUGGAUCGUGGCCCAGAAGGAUAUCUUGGAGAGAUACGUGAGAUUACACGAGGUUACGAUACAAACAUCAUCCGGUUUUACCCAAUCCAUAGUGGCAGGUCUACUAGGUAGAUGGGGUCAGGAAGGAUUUAUUGAUUGGUUAAUUGGUCUAAGAAAGGAGUAUGCAAUCAAGAGGAACUUUACUGUACACUGUUUGGACAAGUAUAUGCCAAAGAUUGUGUCGUACACUCCUCCUGUUGCCGGAAUGUUCUUCACGGUGAGCAUUGAUGCUUCAAAGCAUCCAAGGUUUGCCACAGAGUACGACAGUGACCCUGUAAAGGUGGAAGAUGCUGUCUUUAAUCGAGCUUUGAAGGAAGGAUCUUUGAUGAUUCCCGGUUCUUGGUUUAGAUCUCCAAACUUUGAGAUUAAGGAUGACACUUUCUUCUUUAGAGGAACUUAUGCUGCUGUUGAUUUGGAGAAGUUGGAUUUGGGUCUUGAGAGGUUUGGAAAGGCCAUUAAGGAGGUAUUUGAGAUUGAGUAG